UUUUUUUUCUAUUUUUUUAUUCCUCACUUUUUCAUCAUGAUCAAAAAUAUCGGCAAACUCAAGCAGUGGACUGUAGGCAAGAAUCCGAAGGCUCGGAUGGACGAGGACUUUCAUACUCUGACAAAUGAGACAGAGGCCAAGCGAAUUGCACUCGAAAAGUUGGGCGACACCUCUCAAGCAUAUCUCAAAGCUAUUAGCAAACGAGUUGAAGGUGAUGACAAAUAUAAGGGAUUGGCCAUCGAGACAUUCGGUAUGAGCCUGUCUGCUCAAAGCUACACUAUCCGCGAGGGGUCACAAUAUAGGACAGCACUUCAGCGCAUGGGCGAUGCACAUCAAAAUAUCGGCGCCGCUCAAUUGGAGUUGAUUUCCCGCUUUGGUAGCUCAUAUCUCGAUUGCCUUGAGAAAUCCCAGGCACAGAUGAAAGAGUAUCAGGCACUACAAAAAAAGCUACUAUCAAGGCGACAGGAUUACGAUUCCAAGCUUGCCAAGGUACAAAAAGCCAAGAAAGAGAAGCCAGAAUGGGAAGAAGAAAUGCAAGCUGCAAAGGCAAAAUAUGAAGAGACCAGAGAGAAUGUACUCAAUCUCAUGACUACUAUUAAUGAAUCCCAGGACGAUAACCUGAGUAGUCUCAAAUCGUAUUAUGAUGCGCAACUGGCAUAUGCUCGUAGGGUAGUUGAAAUCUUGGAAGCUAUCCCAGAAAGCACCUUUGUCAGCACAUCUCCUAACGGGUCACGCGCCUCGCUAUAUAAUGGCAACGGUACCUCUACGAAACUGAGCCGACAGAACUCUCAGGAGCCUGAUGACGAACGCUCUAACCACUCGGAUGACCAAUUAAGCACUCAGUCAAUACCUAAUGGGCGUCAGCCCUUCGAUAGAACCCCAUCUUCUGCGGACUUGCGUCGCAGCAACAUGAACCAAAAUCCGAACUUGGAAAUGAGUCGAUCAAUGUCCCAUCUGACACCUAAUGCGGCGCAGACUAGAAAGAACAGUGGAGGAAGUGGAAGUGGAAGUGCCCGCUCCAAUGGAUUUAUGGCACCACCUCCAGCUCCUCCGAGCAGAGGUCGAGCACAGAAGCAGGUGCGAGCGCUAUUUUCAUUUGAUGCCACUGGCGAUGAUGAACUAUCAAUGCAGAAAGGUGACAUUAUCCGCAUUGUGGAAGAGAUUGAUGAGGGCUGGUGGGAAGGAGAGUUGAUUGAUGCAAAUGGGGUCCGACACACCGGAAUGAUUCCUUCUAAUUAUUGCGAAGAAAUCAUGAGUGAUUCGGGAUCGACCCAUCGUCAAGGAUCCACUCACUCAAACUCUUCUGACCCAGGACGUUACAUGGAUGAGGACGAGACAGCGUACUAUGAGAGAGAGACAGAGCCCACAGUCCACUAUGCUGAGCCAGAAGAAAUUGUACCAGUGCCGGCUACGAGGAGAGCCCCGCCACCACCAGCAACGAGACAGGCUUCCUAUGUUGCGCCUGUAUCCAAUGUGCCCACCUCCAAUGCACAUGGACAUGGAUAUACAAAUGGAGUACCUCUUGCUACGCCACCUUCGGCAGCUGCACGUGCAACACCUCCUCAGAAUCGACCAGCAUCGGCUCUGUCGCCUGUGAACAGAUCAUCGACCAUUGGUAGUAGGAUGCCUCCACCCCCUCCACCAACUCGACGUGCGACUGCAGAGCCAAUGAAACAAGGUCCAGUCAUUUCUAGCUCGACUACACCAGUGAUUACACCGCCCUUGAUGGCCUCAGGAGGAGGACCAUCCUCACCUGUUCCCCCUACUCCAUCAGCAGGAGCACCGAUGAUGGGUUAUAUUCCUAAAGAUUAUUUUUCGAACCAAACAUCGAGCUCUACUGAAAGUGAGAUGGGGCCUUGUCGUGAGUGUCAAUGCACAGAUUUUUCAGCGAAUGUGUUCAAGCGUGGAAGUUGUAAUAACUGCUUUCACAUCCACUAAAAAACAGGACAA